AUGGUGGUUAAGGGAGGAGCGAUUUGCUCUGAACAUUCCAUCGCUUCUGAGAUCGGUAAAAACAUUUUCGCUCAAGGUGGAAAUGCAGUAGACGCAAUAAUCGCUACUUCUCUCUCUGUGGGAGUAUUGAAUCCUUUUAAUUCGGAUAUUGGUGGUGGUGGUUUCGCUUUACUUCGUUUACCUAAUGGAGAACAUACAGUUUUAGAUUUCCGACAUGUAUCGCCUGCCGCAGCGACAAGUGAAAUGUAUAGAAAUGGAGCAUCAACUUCUAUAGGAGGUACAUCAGUUUGUGUUCCAGGAGAAAUAGCUGGUUUUGAAGAAUUACAUCAAAAAUAUGGACAAUUGGAAUGGGAAAAAGUUUUGGAACCGGUCAUCAAAUUAUGUGAGGGUUAUCAAAUGGGUGGGGAUUUAUAUCGUUACCUCUCUCAAGCUCUAGACCCUUUAACACCAACCACAUUAUCUGGAUGGUUAUCCCGACCUGAACAUUCCGACCUAGCUGAAAUCUUUUUCCAAGAUGAUCAACUUUUAUCUCCCGGAUCAAUCCUCCGACGACCUAUCUUAGGUCAAACCCUUCGUAAGAUUGCGGAACGAGGUUCAGAUGUGUUUUAUAAUGGUGAGAUAGGACAAGAGAUCGUGAGAUGUGUUAGGGGUUCAGGAGGUUUAAUGAUUCUUUCUGACUUAUCAAGUAAAAAAGCUUUGAAAGGGAAAUACAGAAAAUGGGACGUUUAUUCGAUACCUGCUCCAGGAAGCGGGGCGGUGUUUCUUUCUGCUCUAGGAGUCUUGGGAAGUUUUCCUUCAGAUCGAACAGAGGGAAAGAAGGAAGACGCUCAUAGGAUGGUGGAAGUUCAAAAGUUGGCCUACGCUCAAAGGACAUUGUUGGGAGACCCCGAUUUUGUACCCUCGGCAGAAAAACUGCAACGAGAUUGGUUAUCCCCCGAGGGAAUUCAAAAAAGAGCGAAUAAGAUCGAUAAGAAGGCUCAUGAAAUGGAAUAUUAUCUUCCUGAGACUGUCGAGAUCAAAAAUGAUCAUGGAACCUCUCAUAUCAUCACGGCGGACUCGACGGGAUUGAUAGUCAGUUUAACCACUACUAUCGGUCAUGUUUUCGGUAGUAGGGUAGUUGCGGCUGGGAUGGUACUGAAUGAUUCCAUGGACGACUUUUCAGUAGAGGGAAGGGUGAAUUCUUCUGGAUACACACCGUCUCCUGCGAAUUACGUCCAGCCUGGUAAACGCUCUCUGAGCUCCAUGUGUCCGUAUAUCGUGGAACUUGAUGGAAAGGCCGUACUUGCCGGAGGAUGUGCAGGAGGAAGUACGAUCAUUUCCACCAACAUACAAAUCGUCCGAAACGUAUUGGAAUAUGGCAUGAGUCCAGACCAAGCUUUAGCAGCAGGUAGAAUACAUAGUCAACUCCAACCCUCCGCCACGGAAUUGGAACGGUCUAGUGAUAGGAGGGGGGACCGAUUGCUGGGUAUAUCAGAAGAUGUCGCGGCGGAUCUGGAAGGUAGAGGUCACGAGGUCGUGUGGGCUCAAUCCAGAAGUGUGGCCUGCACACUCGGGUUUGACUUGGAAAGUGACUGGACGACGGGCUGUGAACCUCGACGAGAGGAUUCGGGAGGAGCUAUUUAUGUUGCUAGUUGA